AUGGCAAGUAACAGUCACAUUUGGAUUCUUUUGAUAUUAAACUAUCAUGCAAUACACUGUGGUUCUGACAGAUUUGCUUAUUCUUAAAUGUUGCAGCCAAAAUGUGGCCAAGAUAUUAAAAGCUUAGAGAAGAUCAAAAUAAACAAUACUUAACUUUUUCUUCUCCAACAAGACUGAAUGUUUAGAAAUUUUUAGAAACAGUGUCCCCAGUCUUAUGCAAAUGUGAUGUGUUUUAAUGAUGCAAUCCAGAAUAGGCCCCUUGUCAGAGACAUUGCCCUACAUUCAGCUUCUCAAAGAAAUGAACUUGUGCUGGCUGUAAAUUUUUGAAAAUGGACUAUGCUUUCCGCGAGGCAAGAGGGCUAGUAUGUUAAUAUUAAUUUGUUUAAUAUAUUUUUUAGAUAAAAUAACACACUUAAAGUAGUAGUACUGUAGGCCAUCGAUCAGCAACUGUACUCUUAAUGGCUGUUCAGCUGCUGUGAUUGCAAGAUGCUGCGGUGUUUGUAUCAUUGUUUUUAUUUCUGUAGAUUAAAUUUUCAUUUUCUGUAUCUUUUUUUUAUCAGUAUAUACAUUUUAUUUAUUCAGUGAUUCUGCUGUAUUUUCUGUGAAAUGUCUUCUUGAGCAAAUCUAUUCAUGUGCUUGGACAAAUAAAGUAUUUCUUACAGUUGUGGUUGUUUGCAACAAUUCUACUGUGAUGGAUCUGACAAUUUAUUUUCUAUAAGUUAAUUUUUUAUAUUUCAGAUUCAAUUUUUCAUUAUAUUUGCAUAAAAUAGUGUGAAGUCUCAAUCUCAAUUCUCUGACCAGGACCGUUAUAUAAACUUCAUUUUUUCUUUCAGUAUUUAUAAGUUGUAAAGUUGUAUAAGUUGUAAAUAUAUAUUCUUUUCUGUCAUUAUAGGUCCUUACUGUCUCCCUUUUCAACCCAUAUGAAGACAAGCCAAUCUCCAGCCUGUUACAUGUCCUCAGGAAUAGGGAAGGAUUUGAUUUAACUAUUGAAGUUUUCUUCAGAGCUCUUGUCCUUCUGCUUUUUCUGCCUUCUUUUGCUCAGAUCUAUUGUAUGCAGCCCUUUUCUGAAUUGGCUAACUGAACUAGGAAAUAAACAAGAUUAGUCAAACCAUCAACUACUUAAACAUAAAUUCAUGCAUAUGCAUUGGGUUUUAGAUUUUCUCCCUUUUUGUUAACAAUCAGACACUUUUUACAAAGACAAUUUGGACACUCUGCCUGCUACUCCAUUCAGUAGUUUUUGUGUACUAAUAUAUCCCUUCAUUAACAAAACUUUGUAGGUCUCAAAACGAACCAACCAGCUCCAGUGGAGAUCUGUUAUGACUGUUGGAGGUUCCUCAUUACGCAUAACCCAACUAAUGCGCAACUGGGGAGGUUUAUUGAGGUAGCAUGCAUUUAUUAAUUUACACCCUUCUGUUAUUGUUUUGUUUUUUUUAUCAGAAAAUCACGGUAAAAUGCUGUGUUUAAAAGUUUGUUUUGAUGUGUAGGAUCUAAAGGCAUUUGGAGUCAACACACUUGUGAGAGUGUGCUCUCCUACUUACGAUAAGACACCAGUGGAACAAGAAGGCAUAAAUGUCCUGGUAGGUCAUAUAGAUAGCAGGAAAAAUCCACUGAAUUGGUCUGCUUAUUUAUUAACCAACACAGAGUAAAAAUAAUAACAUUCUGAAUCUGACACUGUUAAUGUUUUUAUCAUGUAAGUUGGGAGCAUAAACUUGAUCUAAUCGUUAUCCAGAAGACCCUUAAAAGGUUUGGAUAGGACCAUUCCCUUGCAAUUGAGGGUAACACUAAAUGGAACAGUUAAAAUAAUCUGCAUGUGUUUAUAUCAUCUGUCUACCACUUGGAUAAUUAAGUGUGAAAACUUGGCUAAACAGUGUCAGAUAAAAAAGAAGAGGCGAGUUCUAAUUUGAAAGUGUCCAGCAGUUAAAAUACUAGCCAGCCCGCCUAAACAAAGAACACCAUGUAAUAAACGAUAACAUACAGUAUGCAAUAUAUAAAGCAAUAAAUAAAAAGUUUGGCAAUACACAUUUGAGUUUGACCAAAAACCCCUAAGGAAGUCACCGCUAGGGGACUGUUUUACUAACAGAAAAUCAUCUUGCACAGUUGACACUAACACGUGAGCUGUGUCUCCUCCUGAUGGAAGAUGACAGCUAUUCAGGAUUUUAUCUACACAUAAUGUGUAUUAUUAUUCACUUUAGUUGAUGAAACCUCCAAAUCUUUGUAAUUUUACACUCAGGAACAUUGUUCUGAAAUUGUUGACAUAUUUUUUCUCACUGAGAAUCUUCUUAAAGACAUCUCAGAGUGCUCUUUUUAUACCUAGUUAUGUUGUCAACCUUCAUGAUAUUACCCUAAAUUACCAGGAUGUUCCUCUAUUUCUUUUUAGUGUUAUAUAAUUUUUUAAGUAUUUUUUAUGAUUGAGGUUUUGCAAUGACUCGUGCUGAUUUUGCUAUUCAAGAGAGAUGGUGACAGAAUUGCUUCCACUUGUGUGAAGAUGCUGACUCAUGCUCAGGUUUUAAUGUAUAAUGUUUUAUAGAGUGUUUUUAAAUAGUGGCAUUGACCCUCUCAAUCCAAAAUGCAACCACUGAUACUUGGUAAUUAAGAAUAUGUCAUUACUGGACUGACCUUUUUACUUUACUGUUAGUGAUGUGGUUCGACACAAAUAGUAGUGUAAAAGAAAUGAUAAAAACCAAUUCCAAAUGACUUCAUGAAGUUUUAUCAUUAAUAUAAGAGGCUAAUAUGGUAUAAUUUUUGCUCUAUAUAAUUUACAAUGGCAUUAACCUGCUUAAUUUGCUGGUUAUUGAUUGAUCAGGUGGCUUGUUUUAAGAUUGAUUGACGGUAUGCAUGCACAUUAUGCUCAUCGGAGUGUGUAUACUCUUACAGCAUGUAAUAGUAACAAAUGCAAGAACAAUUGUAACACCGUCUUUCUCUCAGGAUUGGCCAUUUGAGGAUGGUUCUGGCCCCCCAGAACAGGUGGUUGAUGAUUGGUUGAACCUACUGCAAGUAAAGUUCAGAGAGGAGCCUGGGAGCUGCGUGGCUGUGCACUGUGUAGCUGGAUUAGGACGGUCAGUAUGCAAAGUUGACCAUACAUGGUAUAGUAUAAAUCUCAUAUAACUUCUGCUACCAAGGUUUUUUAUCAAAAGUAAGUUGUGUUUGAUAUAUUUGAUUUUUUAGAUGUGGGUUUCUGUGAAAUAAGUCAAAUUUAUAUAUUUUUUUGGUGGUCAAUUAAAAGAUCAAGCCUGCCAUUCAUAAUCGACCUGUGUUUGGUUUGUUGUUAUUAAUUUUGGAUGAUUGGACAUUGCAAAGCAUAGUCUUUUUAUAGCUUAAGAUUUUACACAAUGAAAUAAUUGUGCUAAAUUCUCAACCAGUGUUGAAAAUAUGAUAUAUACUGUAUCAUCUAUUUUUAAAGAUAUUCAAAAUGUUUUAUUCUCAGCACCAGCACUGUCAGUGAAACUUAAAAUGAAAUGAAUGUAUGAACCACCACUGCAGUAAAUCUAGCCAGCUAACUGGUUUCAGUGUCUACCCUCUGCUUUAUGGCAGUAUUAAGAAACCCCCUUGCUGUGAACCAGUUAGUUUAUGGCACAGUUGUAUGCUUAUCUAAAGCACAAUUUCAAAAGACAGUUGUUGAUACUGAUAUAAUAUGACAUUCGUAUUACUUUUUUAGUGUUUGCACCGUUUGCAAGGACAGAUAGCCGUAGAACUGUUUCCCAUGGUGGUAGUUUAAAAUUUUAAUCUCUCUGUUAUUUUUCAGAGCUCCUGUGUUGGUGGCCCUGGCUCUAAUUGAGUGUGGGAUGAAAUAUGAAGAUGCUGUGCAUUUCAUUAGAUUGUAGGUACAAAAGCUGAUAGGAAGAUUGAAUUAUGAAAAUUUCGCUAUGUACCAUCCAUUUAUCUAUGUCAAAUUUUUCACACCUGUGAUCCUCUUUUAUUACUAUAUUGUUUUGAGAAUAAUGUUGAUUUUAUGUCAUCAGGAAGCGUCGAGGAGCAUUCAAUUCCAAGCAGCUACUUUACCUGGAAAACUACAAGCCUAAGUUAUGCCUGCGCUCCAAAGAUGCCAAUGGACAGUGCUGCUCUAUUCUGUAA